GGAAAUUUAUUUUCAUAAAUGGCAUUCAUUGUUUCAGACGGAUAUCUUAAGAGGCAUCCCAAGGUUAAAAAACUACAUUUUAGAAAUGAAUCAAGUGUUAUAACUUCACAAAGUAAUAAAACAAGGAUCUCUAGAGGCAACAGGAGCACUUUCAAUAGAUCAAGGGUAAGCCCAAUCAAACCUAGGGCUCCUGAGACAAGUGUUCAGAAUAAUCAAAAUUACGAGGAACUCAAGGAAAUGGUCAACAUUGCAAUGCGUGGGGACUAUAUUUCCCUGGGCAAUGAGUAUCAUCUUGGUGCUAAGUUGUCAAGAAGGGUUCAAUCUCAGUCUAAUCUUAGUCAGAGUAAUAAUAGCAAUAAGAUCGACCAUGACUCACGCUUUAUCCCUACUAUGCGUGAGAUUAAGUAUUUAUUUGAAAAAUUGGUCCGAACAAAAUAUGAAAAUGAGAUGAAGCCAGACCAUGAGAGGCAAAUGCAGAAAGAUUUUCCGUCUAAAAAGAAAUCCUCAGUUGAUUUACCAAACAUUAAGGGUGUCAAAGAUGCCUCUAAGACCCAUAAUGAGGAGCAAGCCAUUCAAGUAGACAAAGAGCUUAAAGAAAUAUCAAAAAUGAAGUUGCUAGAAUUUGGGAAAGCUAUUUCUAAAAAUAAACCUAAAGACCAAAAAACUAAAGAUUUCAAACUGAAUUUCAAAUUCCAGGCUAAUAAUCUCAAGCCUGAGGCAGAUUUUGAGCCACAAGGCUAUCUAAAUUUCUCAGAAAAUGCCAAAAUAUCAUCAGGAGAGGCUGCCAUGAAGAAGAUUAGAACUACAAAAGAUAUGGAAAAGAGGCUUUCCUUUGCUAGUAAGAUCAAAGAGGAAAAUUUGGGUCAGAAAGACCUCUCUUCUGCUGGAGAGAUCAAGGACUACUACACAUCAAAUGAUAACUACCAGGACGAUAUCCCAUUUGAUUUGUACAACGUCGUCGAGCUUGCUCGACGAACUGCUAAACCAUAUACAAUUCCAAAGGUUUCUGAUAUAAAGAAAAUCGACAGGAAUGCAUUGAACCUGGAUAUUCAGCGUUCUGGGUCCCAGAACUUCAAUAGCCAGUUCAACCCUCAUGCUGACGGUUAUGAUUUAUCACAAGAAUUUCAUGUGAUAGAGAAUCCACUCAAAUAUUUUAAUCAUAAAUAAGUUUGGAAAUAUUCACAGCGAAGAGAUUGAAAAUCUGUCAAAUUAUCUUCCAACAUCGGGAGAUGUAGAUAGCUGUGUAGGAAGUAUUGACAAACCUGUGAAGGAGAGACCUGGAAGGCCUCAAAAGGCCUUCCAUAUAUCUACGCAAAGAAAAGUUAAUAUGGAAGCAGAGUCAAUCUUUUCUCCAGAAAAGAGGCUGAGGAGUAAGAGAAUGAGCACCCAAGAUGAGAUUUCAAGGGCUUCUUCUAAGAAUUUUAAAUCUGAGCGUAAAAGACUAGGCCAAUGGAAAGCAAUGAGCCAGUCAAGAAGAUCUAUGGCUAAUAUAAGAAGUGAUUGUGAAGAUUCUGAGCAGGAAAAACAUAAAAUACCUUAUUUCAUGCUUCCUUCAGGAAAGUUGUUCAACAAAUAAAUUAGCUUCUGUGCAAUCGAAAAAGAAUAAUGUUUCUCAUGGAACAAAAUCUCCCUCAAACGACAUCUCUCUCCAAGACACCCACCUCUCAAAAAUCCAUGAACUCCGCUCCCAACCCGCCUUCAUAAAAUCCGCCAAGAUGUUCAAAAAGGCUAUGAUCCUCAAAAACCAAAGAAUACCUAUUUUCCUCCAAAACAUUCACAAAAAUGAUGCUAAAGGAAGUCCCAAAAAGGUGCUAAAUUAG